ACUUGUGAAACAGCAGAAAGGGGAGGGGGGGGGGGAGACGCACUCGGGCCAAACCCCAACCAGCAAGAGCAAAGAUGUCCGAGCCCAAUAAGUACCGAGAGUGGAUCCUGGAAACAAUCGACUCUCUCCGCUCGAGGAAAGCUCGUCCGGAUUUGGAGAGGAUUUGUCGAAUGGUCCGGAGACGACACGGGUCGGACCCGGACCGAACCAGGACCGAACUGGAAAAGCUGAUUCAAGAGCAGACGGUGCUCAAAGUUAGCUACAAGGGGUCCAUAUCGUACCGGAAUGCGGCGAAGGUGCAGAGGAAAAGCAGAAAGAAGAGUGAGUUCACGGCCGCUGGCGGCGGCGGCGCGGAGGCGGCAGCGAGGGAGCGAACCAAACGCGACCAUCCGAACAACAACGGCGACAGUGCGCACAGCUUCACCGAUCAGGAGGAGGACUCGGAGCCCAGCCCGGAGCCCCGCACUCCAACACCGGCCAGCACCGGCGACACGAAGCCGGAGCAGCCUGCCGCCUGCGGCGCGAGUAGCGGAAACGGGCGCCUCAUGUGUGGCGCAACGACGGGCUGCGCUGUCGGGAGCGGCUGCGAAGAGGAGAAAGCAAGUGCACCGAGAGACUAUAAGGGAUCAGGACCGCGGGGGGUGGGGGACUGCCCGUCGCCCGGUCUCGGCCACACAACAAACGCGCGCGGCCGCGGCGGCGAUGCGAGCGGGAUAACGCCGAGCGUCGCCGACGCGGUUCCUGAAGAAAGAGAGCCGCGUGUGUCGAGAGAUGACACCCCGAACAAAACUUCCUCUGGGAGCGUCAGCCGCCUCCCGCCAGAGCAGCAGCGACAGCAGCAGGCGGUUCCCCUCAAGCCCCAACUUGGAGUCGGAGGAGGGGGCACCGGCACGGCGGGGCGCCACGCGAACUCCGACCUGGGCGACAGGCUGGUGGCUUCUGUUCGCAGCCUGUCGGAGAAAAGCAUCCGAGGGGGCUCCGCCGCCGCCGCGGCGACACGAGGCCACAUUAAGCCGCUCGAGCUGAAGGAGAUUUUGGGCUAUAUGAGCAGCCAUGACCGGCUGUCGGAGCAGCAGCUGACCCGAGGCAAAGUUAAAGUGGUCAUGGAGAGAGAGGUGGCGAGGGGCAGACUGCGCAGGACCCGCAGCGGGAACAUUACUCUUCCUCUGAGGGGGGCGGAGGAGGAGGAGGAGCGGAAGAACGCGUCUGCGGACAGACUUGCGAAGAGCGCACUGCAGGACGAGCACACCGGGGGGAAGUCGCCGCCCGCUUCUCUUGGGGAGGAUGAGCCGAUGGAAACAGCUCAGGAGGAGGAGGAGGAGGAGGAGGAGGAAGAGGAGGAGGAGGAGGAUCCCCGGAGUUCUGAUGAGGAGGCGGGAGGACUAUCCCCGGUAGUCAUGACAACCGAACCAGAGCUCAUUGAGAAACCCACAGAAGACGUUGAGGUCCAGACCGCGUCAGAGCAGCAGAGUGACGGUUGGGCUGCUGGUCUCACUUGGAUGUGUGUUUCCCGCACCAAGACGCCCCGUCUACCUGUUCAGGGAGCUUCCCCGUCACAAUGGAGCAGCGCCCACCUGGAGGACGCCACCGUCGUCUCUCAUCAGAAACACGUGAAGGCAGAAAGCGAGAUGCAGGAGGACAGGAUCAACCACUCCGCCUCAGACUUUAACAACUUUGAGUCUAGAGCGGAGGUCGGCGUGUCGUCCUGCCUGCUCACGCCCACAGCGUCUCCCAGAGACUCCGGCAUGUCUGAGGAACCAGGGAUGAACGGAGGAGGAGGAGGAGGAGGGUUCAUGAAGUCAGAGGGGGCCAGCGGGGGCCUCGUGGACUGGACAGUGUCUGAUGUGGUCAGCUAUUUCACAACCGCAGGUUUCCCUGAACAGGCUGAUGCCUUCAGGACCCAGGAAAUCGAUGGCAAGUCCCUUCUCCUCAUGCAGCGCAGCGAUGUGUUGACGGGCCUGUCAAUCAGACUCGGCCCCGCCCUCAAGAUCUAUGAGCGCCACGUGAAGGUCCUGCAGAAAACACACUUUGAGGACGACGACUGUUAACGACGGUUACGUCUGUGUCUACAUGUAGCUCGAGUUAUCCUAUAAAAAUGCAUGCAUGAAAUAUACGCUUCACUUUUCAUCUCAUGUCAAUCAGCGCACACAAACACACACACACACACACACACAUGGUCAGACUGCCAGGCUGUUACAGCGCUACCUACUUGCUUAACAGGAGACUGAUAAUUGUGUCUCUCUAACUUGUUAUACUCACACACACACACGCACACACACACACACUGUUCUGGUCCAGAAAAGACACAAUGAAAUGAGAGCGAAUGGACAACAAGGAUUACCUGCCAAGCAGAGCACACCUGUCGGAGGGAGAGAGCAGACUCGUACAAUUUUAAGAUGCAAAGGCUUCAAAAAAUUAAAAAGUGCAAUUUUUCUUUUUUGUUCUCUACAACGAUCAAGCACUUUGCCAUUUCUUGACUAUACUGUGCAAAUACUUUUUUUUUUUCAACUUGUUUCGUGCGGACCUUUAUGCACAUUUUAAAAGAGGUCGUAGUUAUUCUGUGUUAAAGUACAUUUUCUCUUUUUUUGAUGCUUUAAUUCAAUGGUUUCUCACUUUAAAGGCAUCACGGAGCAUGUUGGAUGGAGCAGAAACAUAUUAGAUAUUGGAUGGACCCGUCACAGCCGUCCUGUAUGGGGAUGAAAUCCAGCGCAGGGGUCACGACCUGCAAACGGUUGCUGGUCAAAGCAAUACGUUGAUGGCUCCUCCUGGAUGUUUGAGAGUUUGUUGGAUCUUGUGAGCUUUGAGAUGGACAGGUUCUUUUUGUGUAUAUCUUAAUGUUUCAGAGAAAAAAUUAUGACAUUUCAGUUUUUGUAAAUGUUUCUAAGCAGAGUGUGUGGCAUGGUGUGUUUUCCUAUGCAUCCCCACAUCAAGUGUCAGACUUCAGAAAGACAUCAGAGUUCAUCAAAGCUUAAGUAGGGACAAACUUGCAAUGAAUUGUGGAUAAAUCACGAGAUUCUUUCCUCUUUCUUCUGUCGUUUAGUGCCACUGGUCAGCAGGUGUCACUGAUUGUUACCGUGGAAAAAUGACCUUUUAGUCCACGGUUAGCCCGGGGUUAGCAUGGCUAAGAUUUUAGGCUUACAUUAUGCAUCCAAGUAAAGUCUCACUCUCCAGUCUGACAUAUCUUUGGGACACAGAUAUUUUGAUCAAACACGCCAGCCAACUGGUCUGAAAUCAGCAGAACAAUCAAUUUAUGUUGAAAGUGUAAACAUGUUAAAAAGUUUUGAACCGGUCAAACUUUUUUAAAAAACAAAAAGCCGACAGAUGAUCACACAACAUCACUCGCGGCAUACAUUCCAGGCUUGACAUCUCUUGUGUGCGUCAUCAAAUGACGUUUAUAUUCCUGUACUCAGCAUAUUGGUUUAAUUUAAUACUGACGGUCACAUCAACGUUUCUUUGUGCAUUCAAACCUUCUCUACCUCUCUCUCCCCUCGCUUUUCACAUUUUCUUAGAAACCUCCAUGACCCUCUUAGUUUUACGCGUCGUCUACGCUGCAUGUUUCUGUGUCAUUGUCAUUCGUUGAAUCUGUCUGGAGGGGACGGCUGUGUUUGAGUCCGUAUUCUCACAAGGGGGAAAGUGCAGGUCUACGCCCUCGUUGGGUCGCUGAUUAUAUGUGAAAAGACAAUUUUAGUAAUAAAAGUUUGAAUCAAAACACCAACAA